AUGUCUGCACGAAUUCGUAAAAGAGUUAAGGAGGUACAACAUAUACAAAACAAGAUUGCAAAGAAUAAAGAAAAUUGUGAAAUUUUCGAACUUCUCCCGCAAACAAAAAAAUCAAAGCAAGAUUGUCGUCCGCGUGAAAUUUCUGAACUUCUCCCGCAACUGAAAAGAUCAAAGCAAGAUUGUCCGAUAAGUGAUGUCGAUAUAGCCUUUACCAAUGUUAAUGAUGGCAGCCUAAGCAUACCUAAUCAUAUAGAUUUUUCGGAUUUAAAGCUCGAUCAAGACACUCUUAACCUAAUAAAAUGCAAAGUUCAUGAAUUAGUAAAGUGUAUCGAAGAAAAACAUUCCGAAAAGAUUGAAUUUAUGGAAAAAAUCAUGAAGAUCAACGAAACAAAAAAUAAUGAAAAGAUUGAGCUUAUGGAAAAACUCAUGAGAAUUGACGAUCUGAAGGGAGUUGAAACCAUUAAACGGAUUGUUAAGAGAAAUGAAAUUGAAAAAUCGCUCAUCAAAGAGAAAUCUGAAUUUAAUGUAAAGCUAAAGAACGUAAUAGGAGUGAGAGGAGGAUUGGAGUUUGUUCGAUCCGAGAUUCGAAAAAAAAAGAGUAAUAACAAUAUCCAAGUACCAAGUGAUGUGGCCCUCCUAAGUUUAUCAAAGGAUGAAAAUUUUAUAAAAUUUUUGACUGAGUCAUGUAAAGAAAAUCAGUUAAACUUCGAUGAUGUGAAAAAGUGCCUUGGGGGGGGGCUCUAUCAUUCCGCUUCUAAACAUCUCCAUGGCCACGAGGAAAUAAUUUUGGAUAAUACGUUCUGGUCUCCUAAUGAAAUCUUCGCGUUAGCGGUGCUUUCUGAAUUCUUUAAAUAUGGUCGAUUAUUAUAUAAUAUUAGACGUUACCGAAGUACAAUAUCUUUAAAAAUCGAAAGCAGUCACCCAAAGAGACUAGAACCUGUUUAUACCUCAGACACUUUUGCGGGUUUAGGAAUUCGAGAGCCUAUAUGCAAAGCAUUAAAUAAAAAUUUUAAUAUAAUAAUACCAACACAAUGUCAAAAAGCAUUAAUCCCACCUAUUCUGGAAGGAAAGGAUGUUCUGGUUAGAGACAUUACGGGGUCUGGAAAAACGUUUGGUAUAGUUUUAGCCUUACUCAACAAAUCAAGGAAACAAAAAGUAGUUGAAAGCCAUUCCCCUAUAAAAAAGUCAUGCAUAACUAGUAUAUUAGUUGUACCCAGUCGUGAAUUAGGUUUUCAAAUUGAAAAUUGGGUACAUAUGCUAUUAAUUGAUUCUGGUCUACCCUUAAAAUCGAUUAUUCAAGUCGUUGCAAAAACCUCUCAGCAAGAUGAGAUUAGGCAGUUAGAUGAUUUGGAAAACGUACCUCCACAUAUAUUAGUGGGUACCGCGACAAGACUCAGUGACCUUGUUGCAGAAGGUUUAUUAACCUUUUCCAAUUUGAAAACUCUCGCGUUGGAUGAAGCUGAUCAUCUGUUAAGACUUCCCACUAAACAUGCUCCAUUAAAAAGGAUUCGAAACAGACUAAUUCAUCCGAAACCAACAGAAUUGUUAACUCAAAAAAUUUUUGAACAAACUAGACCACAACUUGUGGUAUCUUCAGCAACUUUAAAUCGCGCACUACGGUUUUAUUUUAAAGAUAAUGAGUAUUCCGAAGAUCCAAUAUUUGUUGAUAUGACACAAGGAACUUUAUCACCACCAACAAUAGAACAUUAUUGCCUCUUGGUUUCAUCAAAAGAAAUUAAGAAUAUAACCUCUGCUGAUUUUUCUGAUUGGCAUAAUAAAUAUAAUGUUAAAAGUUUUGAAGAGCGAACACAGGAUUUCGACGAUAAUGACGACCGGAUGUUGGAUAGUGUUGCUGGUGCAAUUGAGCUCGAAAAUGUGCAAAGUGGUUUGAUCUUUGUUAAUAAUAAAAUCAAUGUGCCAGAGGCGAUUGAACGUCUUAAACAGUUCGGUGUAACUGCGAAGGAAUUAGUAACUUCGUUUAUAAACAAAGAAAUCAAGACAGAAUCAACGUCAAGCACAAUAUUUGUCGCUCCCGAGUAUACUGCCCGGGGAAUUGAUAUUUCUUCUGUAUCGCAUGUAUUUAUUUUGGGAAUGCCAUCUUCAUCGACUGAAUAUUUGCAUAUGUCCGGACGCACUGGAAGGAUGGGUCGUAGUGGAAAAGUUAUUACCAUUAUAAGAGAAGGACAAAAAAGAUUAGCAAGAUCAAUGUUUUCUUUGUUAAAUGUAAAUCCGAUUCCUUAUCCACAUGUGCAAUAG